GGCGAGCCCGGGGCCCGUCGGCCCCCCGGCCGGGGACGGGGCGCGCCCGAGGCCCGGCGGAGGGGGGGUCCGCCAUGGAGCCCCGCAUGGAGGCCUGCCUGGCCCAGGUGCUGCAGAGGGACGUGGGGAAGCGGCUGCAGGUUGGCCAGGACCUCAUGGACUAUUUCUCCGACAAGCAGAAGUCGGCCGAACUGGAGCACGACCAGACCCUGCUGGAUAAGCUGGUGGACGGACUGGCCACGUCCUGGGUCAACUCCAGCAACUACAAGGUGGCUCUCCUUGGGGUGGACAUCCUGUCCGCGCUCGUCACCCGAUUGCAGGACCGCUUCAAAGCGCAGAUCGGUACAGUGCUGCCGAGUCUAAUCGAUAGGUUGGGCGAUGCUAAAGAUUCCGUGCGAGAACAGGAUCAGACCCUGCUGCUGAAGAUCAUGGAAGAAGCCGCCAGCCCUCAGUACGUCUGGGACCGAAUGCUCGGAGGGUUCAAACACAAGAACUUUCGCACGAGAGAAGGAGUUUGUCUCUGCCUUAUUGCAACACUCAAUGCCUCCGGAGCCCACAGUUUAACACUAAGUAAGAUCGUGCCACAUAUAUGUAAUUUACUUGGUGACCCAAACAGCCAGGUUCGAGAUGCAGCCAUAAACAGCCUCGUGGAGAUUUACAGACACGUAGGAGAGCGCGUGAGGGCGGAUCUCAGUAAAAAAGGAUUGCCGCAGUCUCGGUUGAAUGUCAUCUUCACAAAAUUCGAUGAAGUUCAAAAAUCUGGAAUGAUGAUCCAGGGUUCAGGAGAUAAGAAUUUUGACGAUGAAGACUCCGUGGAUGGGAACCGGCCUUCGUCAGCCAGCUCUUCCGCCUCCUCCAAGGCCCCUCCGAGCGGCCGGAGAAGCGUGGGCGCGGCGACCACCCGCAGACUCGGCUCUGCGGCCCUGGGAUCCAAGUCCUCAGCUGCCAAAGAAGGGGCUGGUGCCGUUGAUGAGGAAGACUUUAUUAAAGCAUUUGAUGACGUCCCCACCGUACAGAUUUAUUCCAGUAGAGACCUGGAGGAGUCCAUAAAUAAAAUCAGAGAAAUAUUAUCUGACGAUAAACAUGACUGGGAACAGAGAGUAACCGCUCUGAAAAAAAUUCGAUCCUUGCUUUUGGCUGGAGCUGCUGAGUAUGAUAACUUCUUUCAACAUUUACGUCUGUUGGACGGAGCUUUCAAGCUAUCUGCUAAAGAUUUGCGGUCUCAGGUAGUGCGGGAGGCCUGUAUCACAUUGGGGCAUCUGUCAUCAGUUCUGGGAAACAAGUUUGACCAUGGAGCUGAAGCCAUCAUGCCAACCAUCUUUAAUUUAAUUCCGAACAGUGCCAAAAUCAUGGCCACUUCUGGUGUCGUAGCUGUGCGGUUAAUCAUCCGACAUACUCACAUCCCCCGGCUCAUACCCGUCAUAACUAGUAACUGUACCUCGAAGUCGGUUGCAGUCAGAAGGCGCUGUUUCGAAUUUCUAGAUUUGCUCUUACAAGAGUGGCAAACGCAUUCACUAGAAAGGCACAUAUCAGUAUUAGCAGAAACGAUAAAGAAAGGAAUACACGAUGCUGACUCAGAAGCAAGGAUAGAAGCAAGAAAGUGUUACUGGGGCUUCCACAGUCACUUCAGCAGAGAAGCAGAGCACUUAUAUCACACUCUAGAGUCAUCCUACCAGAAAGCCCUGCAGUCCCAUCUGAAGAAUUCGGACAGCAUCGUGUCCCUGCCUCAGUCAGAUCGCUCCUCCUCGAGCUCUCAGGAGAGCCUCAACCGCCCCUUGUCUGCCAAAAGAAGUCCAACGGGAAGUUCUACAUCUAGAGCUUCGACCAUCGGCACCAAGUCCGUGUCGACGCCUGGAUCGCUGCAGCGGUCGCGCAGUGACAUCGAUGUCAACGCAGCAGCGAGCGCCAAGUCCAAAGUUUCAUCUUCGGCGGGCUCUACCCCUUUCAGUUCCGCAGCAGCCCUGCCCCCGGGAUCGUACGCGUCUUUAGAUGGUACUACCACUAAAUCGGAGGGUCGGAUUCGGACGCGGCGGCAGAGCUCCGGGAGCACAACCAAUGUCACCUCCACCCCUUCGGACACGAGAGGCCGGAGUCGCGCCAAAGUGGUCUCGCAAUCUCAGCGAUCCAGAUCAGCUAAUCCUGCUGGUGCUGGGAGCCGCUCGAGUUCUCCAGGGAAGCUGUUGGGAAGCGGUUACGGAGGCCUCUCCGGGGGAUCGUCGAGAGUGCCCCCGGUUCCCGCGUCCUCCGAGAAACGCAGCAAGAUCCCCCGGAGUCAGGGCUGCAGUCGGGAGACGAGUCCAAACCGCAUGGGAGUAGCUUGGAGCAGUCGUAUCCCCCGGCCCAGCGUAAGUCAGGGGUGCAGCCGCGAUACCAGCCGCGAGAGCAGUCGAGAUACGAGCCCUGCUCGGGGCUUUCCUCCGCUUGCCUCUCGACGUCAUUCCAGAUCCACUAGCGCUCUCUCCACCGCUGAUUCUGUUGGGCAGUCAGAUCGGUUUGGACUCGGGCAGCCAGGGAGGAUUCCCGGCUCCGUCAGCGCCAUGAGAGUCUUGAGCACAAGCACUGACCUUGAGUCAGCCGUAGCCGACGCCUUGCUGUUAGGAGACUCCAGGAGCAAGAAAAAGCCAGUGAGGAGGAGAUACGAGCCGUAUGGGAUGUAUUCCGACGACGACGCCAACAGCGACGCCUCGAGCGUGUGCUCGGAGCGCUCUUACGGCUCCCGAAACGGAGGCAUCCCCCACUACCUGCGGCAGACCGAAGACGUGGCGGAGGUCCUCAACCACUGCGCCAGUUCCAACUGGUCCGAGAGGAAAGAAGGCCUCCUGGGCCUGCAGAAUUUGUUGAAGAGCCAAAGAACCCUGAGUCGAGUAGAAUUGAAAAGACUGUGUGAGAUCUUCACUCGGAUGUUCGCUGAUCCUCACAGCAAGAGAGUUUUCAGUAUGUUCCUGGAGACCUUGGUGGACUUUAUAAUAAUCCAUAAGGACGACUUGCAGGAUUGGCUGUUUGUCCUUCUGACUCAGUUGCUGAAGAAAAUGGGGGCAGACUUACUUGGCUCUGUACAGGCCAAAGUUCAGAAGGCUCUUGAUGUAACCAGAGAUUCUUUUCCGUUUGAUCAGCAGUUUAACAUUUUGAUGAGAUUUAUCGUAGAUCAGACGCAGACGCCAAACCUCAAGGUCAAAGUUGCCAUCCUGAAGUACAUCGAGUCGCUGGUCAGGCAGAUGGAUCCAACGGACUUCGUCAACUCUAGCGAGACGAGGCUUGCCGUCUCCCGAAUUAUAACCUGGACAACAGAACCAAAGAGUUCCGACGUGAGGAAGGCCGCUCAAAUCGUUCUGAUCUCGCUGUUUGAACUGAACACUCCCGAGUUUACCAUGUUACUUGGUGCCUUGCCCAAAACAUUCCAGGACGGGGCCACUAAGCUUCUACAUAACCACCUCAAGAACUCCAGCAACACCAGUGUGGGCUCUCCCAGCAACACCAUUGGCCGAACUUCCUCACGCCAUUCCAGCAGCCGGACCAGUCCGUUGACCUCACCUACCAACUGUUCCCAUGGAGGCCUGUCGCCCAGUCGGUUCUGGGGUUGGAGUGCCGAUGGGCUGUCGAAGUACACCCCUCCCCUUUCUCAGCCUAACUCCAUCCCCACUGCUCCUUCCCACAAGACUUUCAGGCGUUCUUACUCUCCCAGCAUGCUGGAUUAUGACACCGAGAACCUCAACUCAGAUGAAAUCUACAGCUCUCUUCGUGGAGUCACAGAAGCGAUUGAAAAAUUUAGUUUUCGUAGCCAAGAGGAUCUAAAUGAGCCAAUUAAAAGGGACGGCAAGAAGGACUGUGAUAUUGUUUCCCGAGAUGGGGGGCUAGCAUCUCCGGCCACUGACGUCCGGGGAGGGAGCGACGCGGUGGAAGGAGGUGGCAGGACGGCCCUCGACAACAAAACCUCACUCCUGAACACCCAGCCGCCUCCGCGGCCUUUCUCCGGGCCCCGGGCUCGAGACUACAACCCCUUUCCUUACGCGGAUACAAUCAACACGUAUGACAAGACCGCCCUGAAAGAGGCUGUGUUUGACGACGAUAUGGAUCAGCUUCGUGACGUACCCAUUGACCACUCUGAUUUGGUGGCUGACCUUUUGAAAGAAUUAUCCAACCACAAUGAGCGAGUGGAAGAAAGGAAAGGAGCCCUGCUGGAGUUACUCAAGAUUACCCGGGAAGAUAACCUUGGCGUUUGGGAGGAGCACUUCAAAACUAUUUUGCUCUUGCUGCUGGAAACCCUUGGAGACAAAGAUCACUCGAUACGAGCACUGGCCCUAAGAGUUUUGCGGGAGAUUCUGAGAAACCAGCCGGCCAGGUUUAAAAACUACGCAGAGUUGACCAUCAUGAAAACUCUGGAAGCCCACAAAGAUUCCCACAAAGAGGUCGUCAGAGCCGCUGAAGAAGCGGCUUCCACCCUGGCCAGCUCGAUACACCCUGAACAGUGUAUCAAAGUACUGUGCCCGAUUAUCCAGACGGCGGACUACCCUAUUAAUCUGGCUGCCAUUAAGAUGCAAACCAAAGUCAUCGAGAGGAUUUCUAAGGACUCCUUGCAUCAACUCCUUCCUGACAUCAUCCCGGGGUUGUUACAGGGGUACGAUAACACCGAAAGCAGCGUCCGCAAGGCCAGUGUGUUUUGCUUAGUCGCCAUUUAUUCGGUGAUUGGAGAAGAACUGAAGCCUCACCUCGCGCAGCUCACGGGGAGCAAGAUGAAGCUCUUGAACUUGUACAUAAAGAGAGCCCAGACCACCAAUAGCAACAGCAGUUCAUCAUCAGACGUUUCAACGCACAGUUAAUGGGAGAUAUCUGGACCUAUGCGUAGACUUAGAAGCAUCAGCGGUGCCUCUCAGAAACCUUCCUGCUGUUUCCUUCCCUCCGUUGGUUGCCCAGUCACUACAAGGAGACCACACAGAUAUUUAUUGCAAUCAGUAUUCUAGCCAUUUCCAGCUUUUAUGUAGAUUCUUAUCGGUAUUGAAUGUAAAGGAAGCAAGGCCUGAGUUGCAGUCUUCGUACCAAAAAGCAAAACGCCCCCAGAAUACAAAAGCCAAACAUCGACAUUUUUGCGUAGCCUGCCGAAAUUUUAGAAGUAUAUUUAAGUGGCAGGGUUUUUAAAUGAAGCCCCUGUAACGGCUUCCUCCUUUAAAAUAAAACGAGGAACUCUGUAGAAAAUCAAAUCGACUCAGCAUUGGGGUUGUAAUCCAUGUGCCACCUUUUUCCGCGUAACCGGUUUCUUUCGUUUUGGGUGUAGCCGUUUCAGGUAGACCUUGCGGCUUUCACAAAUGAAAAAGAGUGAGAGAGCGCGUGUAUGUGUUUGUGUGUGUGUGUGUGUGUGUGUGUCACACAUGCGCAUGUGUGUUUCAAGUUGUUAAAAAUGAAAAUGUGAAAUAGUGGUCAGCAUUGCUUCAGAAGAGCAAAGCAACCUUUAAUCCCAUCCGGAACGUUUCCUCAUUUCAGCCUAUAGAUGGGAUGAACAGUGUUUCACCUCACAGCCUAGAUUCAGAAAAUGGACUUUUCUGCCCUCUCUACUGCUUCACCAGACUGUACCGUACAGUGAGACUGGUCUGGCCUCACCACUUUUAAUUAUCUGGAGUUCAACCGUCUCUCCCCAAGGGCUCAAACUCCUUAAAAGGUAUUUUCAAGUGAAUUUGAAUCUAAAAACAUCGAACAAAAUCAAUCAUGGCAUUAUUUAAUGAAUUCCUGUAGUAGUCAUUCUAAUUUGCGGGGAGGGAACAGGAAGGGAUUUUAUUUUUAGGAACUUAAUGAAAAUUUUUUUCAUUUAAUUCCAUCUUUGGGAUACCUUCAGCAAUCUGAAGAAAGGAAGGAGUCACAUUCUAACAGUUUCUGUCAUAUUUGUAAUAGCUCUUUUAUAUUUUUUUUUGUUACAAAUUCCUUUUUCCUCACCAUAUUCAUGUUGGCCCUGUCGCUCCUCCGAGGUUUAUUUUGAACAUUUUUCUAGUUCAUAUGGAGAGGACCACUAAUAUACCAUUUUUUGCGUCCGGUCUCACUUUUUAAAUAUAGGUCAGUUUGAGGAGCUGACACAAUCCUAGAAAGAGAAUGACUUUGAAUAAUAUUCAUCGUCUCAAUCCAAGUUCUUAUUUGAUGAAGGGGCUCAGCAGAAUAAAAGACAAGGUUAGGAAUGGCACUGAAUGGAAAUUCUAUGUCACCAAAUUAGGAAGGGAGUUUAAAACCUAACCUCAGUCAAACCGUAAAAUGAGGUUGAAUAUUAGACUUCCAGCCCAACCACUGCUUUUCUCUUGACUGAAUAAAAAACGCAAUGCCUUCUAUUUUUUACAACAUUGAGUGUAGGUGAAAAACACUCGCUGCAGAUUUGUGCUAGGAUAUGAUUGAAAAUAAUUAAGUACAAGUCUGAAGUAGAGUUCUCAUUAGAGACCAAACUGUUCCCAUUUAUGGUGUCCUCAUUCUCACCUGGUUUUAAUGCACAUUCUUAAAGUCUUUUUGUUCAUUUUUACGAGGAAUAGCGUUUGGGUCGACUAAUGAGGCAAAUGGGUAUUUUCUAAAUUGGGAAAUAUCUGACCGGUCGCAUAUUUGGGUUUUUGUGGGGGGUUUUUAAACCUCCCCAUGAUGCAGCAUUUUUAAAAUGGGCUAUUUGUUGCAGGUAGAACACCACUGUAGUGGGCAAUUGAGAGAAAAGGAAACCAUAACAAUUUGAACCCCCUCGCGAGAAAUGAGUGUGCAUAAAUCACUUUUAAGAUUUGCGAGAGGUAGAAUCUGAAACCCUCCCUGACUCCCCUUCCCCUUGGGGUUUUAGAUUUGAGGUGGUGAAUGAAUGGCAUACUGUAGCAAAUGCAUGAGUCUAAUUCAUUCUCAAAUGAUUGUAGAUGUUUUACCGAAGCAUAUAGUCCACACUGAGAGUGAACGCACUGUAAUGUCCAGGAGCUGACAGGGCAAAUCCGCUAACACUACAGUAGGGAAUUUUAAUGUGUAUUUUAAAUGGGUUUGGAAAAUAUUGCUGCUCUUAGGAGAACUCAGUGAUGGAUAUGAAUUGUCGAAUGUUAUUGGCGAAAUGGGGCCCGCAAGACUUACAACCAGGCCUUACUUUCUCGAUCAGAUACUGUCUUCUUUGUCAUCAAACGCUCAUUAAUGUGAUUUUUUUUCCCCCACUUCGCGGUCCGUCCAAGAUUAAUUAAUCCUUUGAGUACCCUACUGUAGAUGUAUGUUGCACCCUGGAGGAGAUAUUCUGGGUAGAUUAUUUAUAAGUUUGCUUAAGUAUAAUGUACAUAGUAAAGUUUUGUUUUUGCUCCCCUUCUCCCAUUUUAGUUGGGAAGGUUUCUCGAGGACUGUCUACAUUUCCCCUAGCGCUCAAGGGGCUAGCCGUGGAUAUCAACUUUAAAACCUCUAACCCGAUUUGCAAACGAAAAGAAAACCGUUCCAUCAUUUUUCAGCACGUGUCAAGGUCUCCCUGGCUGUAGGUCGGCAGCGGUUUUUGAACCCGUGCAUGCUCACAGCAGCGAGGGAGAGUCUGCACGCGCCCACGUUCCCCCCCAAAGCAUCAUCCCGGGGUGAUUCCAUAACCCCAGCGCGAUCCAACGUAGCGGACGCCUCCCGUUAAACGCCCCCGUCAUGCGGGGCUGUAGCUCGUUUUCAAAUAAUAAUAAUAAUAAUAAAAAGCAACGCAAGGUUCAUCCAUUUGCCGACCACGCUCCCCACCUCUGAGCCCUCGGAGCCCCGAAAGGUGAAACGAUGAUAAACCGUCCCUCUCCAGCUCCAGCCGUGGCAUAAAUCUGAAAUCAUGACCCCGUCGUGAUUCCCCAAUGAUCUGGGGCAGAUUAGUCAGUAUGUAUCCUCCCCACAGUUUUAAGUACUGUAGUUCUCAUGUAGUGCAGAAUUAUCGAGGCAUGUGGCUUUCUCAAGGUACACUAUGUGUGCUAGGCUGGGUUAUCAACAACUUCGAUUCAAGACUGUCUUUUCUAUUGCUUAUUAAUAGCUUACCAAUAACCUGUAUAAGUAAUGCAACUUGCAUCUUUGUCAUAUAAACCUUCUUCCCCCACCCCCUUUAUUUAUCAAGCAUCGUAUCCCAUAUUAAGUAAGGGAGAGUAAACGGAACUCCGUAGAAUCACAGCAAGACUUAGCUAACAGGAAUGUUGGAACUGAGAAAGAACCGAAACCGUCAGAAUGGGUUUGUUGGCAGAGGGUUCGUGCGCAUGUUUUUCUUUUUCUUUUCUUGCUUUUGUCAUGUUACAUCCAUAUCUGUAUUUAUAUCUUAUUAUUUGUUUCACUUUUGAGUGUAUCAUGGCAAAUGUACAGAUGAUUUUUGUUAACAUUAACGUGAUAGAAUUUGCUAAAAAUGACAAAAAAAAAAACCCUUUUCAGUUUGCCCUAGAAUAAAUGAAACUUAAGUUUAAUUU